AGAAGUACGAAUAAAUACGAUGAUACAAAGCCAACGAUAUUAACACUGCCUGAUGAGAUUUUAUUUAUUAUAACGGAAGAUGCAAGCAAGUUAUCACUCACCUGUCGACGCUGUUAUCACUUACGUUCACAUCCUCCAAUGAAAGGUAUAGCGAGUCAUAAUGCACCUACCUUUGAUUCAUUUAAUAUGGAAAGGAUACACCAUGCUACACUUAAACGAUUUUCUCAGUUUCUGGUUGAUUUUGUAAAUGAUACAUCAAAAUCUAAGCAUAUCAUACAAUUACGAUACAAACAUUACGGUAAUACCACAAGCGUGGAAUUACAGACGCUUAAAGCUUUGUUAAAGUUACCAAAUCUUGAAAGAUUAGUCUAUCAAACAGAUAAAGCUAGUUGCAUCAAUACACUUGCUAGACUUUGUGACCCUUCGUUAAAUAGACAUCUAAGGCAAAUUAAUAUAAAAGUACGAACUAUACCAGAUUUAGCACUUUAUUUGAAUCGAUUAUUACAAUUACCUCAUUUAUCUCUACUCACGAUCGAUACUACGUUUAACAAUAUGUCGGUUAUUAAGCAUCAAGUCUAUAAUCUAAUCGGUCUAUUCGAUUUAUUUCAACCAAAUCCUGAUGUUAAAGUUAUAACAAGGUUCAUUCAUUCUAGUAACUGCGUUCACAAUAAUCUCGAUUAUGAUAUUGACAAUUACGUCAUUAUAUGGAAGAAGUGUGUCGUAUGUCUCGAUCAUUUUACAAUUAUCCGGUCAUUUGAUUCUUUUAACGAGAUACUCGCUAAGGCUUAUCAAUGGCCAGAUGAUUCGCAUUACAUUAGGGAAAAACUUUUAGAGAUUCACGACAAAUAAUAAUGGAGUAACGCAGUAACGCAGCAAGACAGCAACG